AUGACAAUUCCCAUGCACGGAAUCCAUGGGAAUGAAAAUGCCCAUGGACAACGCCCCAGAAGGAGUUUACUGUGUUUCCCAGAUUGCCCUAGUAUAUACAGCGAAGUCCUGCGUCAAAGUCGAAUUCAAAAUGGGUUCGGUUGCUCGUCUCGACUUCUCUCAAACUCCAAAAAAUUUAUAGUUAGACACCACAGACACAGAAAACAUAGAUCACACAAAGGUCAUUAA